AAAUGAGAUUCGACGGCUGAAGGCACUAGAAGUGCACAUGGAAUACUAGUUGCACAAACUGGAUAGGAAUGCGCGAUAUAUUAAUUAUUGUGCUAAGCCUGCAGCUCCUCGGAUCGCUGCAGAGCCAGAUGAUACCAAAGGAAAUUAAAAAGUGCCAUUUUGGAGAGUCCCAGUGCAUCGUGGAUUCUAUGAAUGCGUUAAUAAAGAAGUUUCCCAGAGGAAUACCGGCGCUGGGACUAAAACCCAUUGAUGUGGUGGACAUCAGGAACUCGAAGUUUUGGAACGAUGAGAGGGUAGGCGCCUUCUGGCUGCAGUUUGAUCUGUUCGAUCAGGUGAACUACGGCUUCGAGAACACGACAAUCACAAAGGUAAAUGGAUUCGACGAGAAUCCCACCUCCAGCCUGAUCGAAAUUCACGGCCGGAUACCCAGUCUCAUCCACAAGGGCAGCUACUUCUCUCAAGGAAGAGUGUGGAUUGUGCAGCUAAAUUCCACGGGGGAAUCCUUCUCGGACUUUCAGAACUUUCGCUUCGUUCUCAAGCUAAAGGUGAUCAUGGAGUAUCGGAAUAAUAAGCGUUACCUAAAGAUCUACGAGCUAAAUCCCUUUGUGAACAUGGACCGAUGGGUUUUUUGGCUGGACAACUUUUUCGAAUCGAACACGGAUCUGACGAUAGCCAUAAACCAGGUCUUCAAUCUGCACUGGGUGGAGUUCUGGAACGAGCUGGAGCCCACAAAUCUGAAAAUAUUCGCAAGUGUUUUCCGCGAUAUAUUUGAGGACGUCUUUAAAAAGGUCUCCUAUGAUGAUAUGUUCUUACCGGUUCCUAAGGAAUUCGCAGUAAAUGAUUAAAGUCGGAGUAGGCUAAUGCAUUCCAGUUUUAUUGGAGACAAGGAAGGACAAAGAUUAAUAUUGCACGCAAACCGGUUGUACUAAUUUAUUUGCAUUAAAUGUGUUAUUGUUGAUAGUUGAAAA